UCGUCUCCAUAUCUAUUUUGUCUUUCUCUGAAACUUUCACUUGUUUUUUGAUCUCUCUUUGAGAAAUUUGAAGAUGAAGAAAUGGACAGCUAUGGCGGUGGCGGGUAUUUUGUCGACGAGAAAGCCGUUCGGGUCGAAAACAUCUUCUUGGAGUUCCUCUCAAAUUUCUCUUUUAAUUUGUAUUGAACAAUUUCUCCCUUUUUUUUUUCUGGAUCUAACAUUAUGCUUUCAGUUUUCAAGUGGAUGCGGACUCACGUGAGCCAUUUUACGAGUCGGAUAUUGAAGCCAUGAGACCUAAUGAGUCCAAUACUAUGUUCAAUUGAUUUCUCUCACGUUACGCGCUUCAACGAUAUCCUCCAAAAGGCCAUUUCCGAUGAGUUUCUCAGGUUUGAAUCCUAUCUCAAAAAUGCUUGCAAGAGAUUCGUGAUGGAAUUGAAGCCCACUUUCAUCACAGAUGAUAAUCCUAACAAGGAUAUCAACGUCGCAUUUUACAAUCUUCCCCUGAUUAAGAGAUUGAGAGAAUUGACUACCUCAGAGAUAGGGAAAUUGGUGUCGGUAGCUGGAGUGGUAACUCAUUCCAGUGAGGUCCGACCAGAGCUUCUACAGGGAACCUUCAAAUGCUUGGACUGUGGAACUGUGAUCAAGAAUGUUGAACAGCUAUUCAAAUAUAUCGAGCCCAUAAUUUGUAUGAAUGCAACAUGUCAAAACAAAGCAAGGUGGGCAUUACUCAGGAAAGAGAGCAAAUUUGCAGACUGGCAGAGGGUCCAAAUGCAGGAGACCUCCAAGGAGAUACCAGCAGGGUCCCUUCCAAGAUCACUUGAUGUCAUUCUACACCAUGACAUUGUGGAACAAACCAGAGCAGGUGACACGGUCAUAUUACUGGUACCGUUGUUGGCUAUAUCUUGA